GCGCAGGCGCCGAGCGGAGCGGGGGCCAUGAGCGGCAGCGCCGAUGCGGACCCCGCGCCCGCCGCGGCGGCCCCGCCCGCGCCCGCUGAGGGCAGCAAGCCCAGCCCGGCCGCUGCGGGCAGCGCCGCGCCCGGGGCGGCGCCCGGCGGGGGCGGGGGGGCGGCGCGGGGCGCCGAGGGCGGCGCGGCCGGCGGGAGGGGGUCCGUGCCGGUGUCCGCGGCCGUGGCCGCUCCCCCGGACGGGGCCAUGUCCAACGGCGUGUACGUCCCGCCCGCGGCCAACGGCGACGUGAAGCCCGUGGUGUCCACCACGCCGCUCGUGGACUUCCUGAUGCAGCUGGAGGACUACACGCCCACGAUACCGGACGCCGUGACGGGGUAUUACCUGAACCGGGCGGGGUUCGAGGCCUCGGACCCCCGCAUCAUCCGCCUGAUCUCACUGGCAGCGCAGAAGUUCAUCUCUGACAUCGCCAACGACGCCCUGCAACACUGCAAGAUGAAGGGCACAGCCUCGGGCAGCUCCCGCAGCAAGAGCAAGGACAAGAAAUACACUCUGACCAUGGAGGACCUGACACCAGCGCUGGCCGAGUACGGCAUCAACGUGAAGAAGCCACAUUACUUCACGUAGGGCCUGGGGGGCUCAGGCAGUUUGUAGAGGCUGUGUUGGUGCCAUUAAACACCCAAGAGGGUUUUGUGGGAAGGCA